AUGGGGCUUGGGAAGACGGUGGAAGUUAUUGGUUUGAUAUUAAGCCAUCAACGAGGUAAAGGACUUCCACCGAUUGUUGAAGAUGUGGCGAGAGAAGUUGAUAUAGUGAAAAUAAUUGUCGGUGAACUCAUCUCUACAGUUGUGGCUGCGACCGAUGGAUAUUCGGCAUUGCAAGAUAAAAUGAAUUCGAGAUAUCGUCGAAUGUUUUGUUACGAUAAUUUGGAAUUCAUGAAUCCAAAGAGAUGUAAAGGCAAGAAUAGCGUAUUGAAGCCGCUGACCAUAACUUGCACAGCAUGUUUCACGAUUUGUUCCCAGGAGCGAGUUUACUGGGAUCGAUUUUGUUCACAUGAUAUUCCCUUCUUAUGCCCAGAAUGUAUUCAUGGUAAGGUACGUGACAAUGCUUUAAGUAUUCCGCAGGAAAGUACGUAUCCAGUUAAAGGUACGCUUAUUAUUGCACCAUCAACAAUUUGUCAUCAGUGGUAUGAAGAGCUGAAGCGACAUGUUCGCGACGAUAUUAAAAUUGACAUGUACCGAGGAUUGGUUAAUGACGGUUACAAACAUCCAGAAUAUCUGGCAACUCAAGACGUUGUUAUCUGCUCUUUUGAGACACUACGACAGGAAGUAUAUUUUGUAGAAGCUCGGCCAAGGCUAGAUUCUUUACGACAUGGUAAAAGACAUCACAUUGCUCCUACUCCGCUGUUAGCUGUAGAAUGGUGGCGUAUUUGUAUUGAUGAGGCGCAAAUGGUAGAAAGUACAUCAUGUUCAGUAGCGUUAAUGUGCGAUGGUCUUAAAGCAGUAAAUCGUUGGUGUAUUACAGGCACACCAAUCACCAAUUCGGUGCAAGAUUUAUAUGGUCUUGUGCGAUUUCUGAGAAUACAGCCAUUUUGGAAUGAACGUUGGUGGCGCAAUGCAUUGUUGAAUCUAUAUCAAAUUGGUAUUGGAAAGCCAGUUUCGGAUUUAUUUUCUAAAAUAAUGUGGAGAAACACGAAAAAAACCGUUAGUGACCAGAUGCUUUUACCAUCAAAAAAUAGUAAUUUAACUGUUUUGCGGUUCACACCAAUUGAGGAGCAGUUUUAUCGUUCAACUUUAUCGAGUUGUCGCUUGAAAGUUCGUUAUAUGCCUUGUUUGUAUGGUUUGAGUACUCCAAUUUCAUCACUUCAUGGAAAAGACUUCGAAAAAUUAAUGGAGCCUUUGCAAGCGCUACGCAAAUUUAUCGUUUUUCCUAGUCUUCGCUUCCAAGAGUCAAAGGCCAAUGUUAGUACAGAAGAGAGCUUGCAAGAGGAAUUGUUCCGAAUGUCAACACAGCAAGCUGAAGUUCAUCAACGAAAUAUAUUAAUGUAUUAUAGUGGUCUGGCCGGAUUAGAAUGGCUUUGUGAAAGCGAGACUAAUGCUGCGAAAUAUUACAGUAGUGCGAUCAGUGCAAUGAAGGAACUAGAUCAAAUGAAUAACAAACUUGGGUUGAAAGGAUCAAGAUGCGCCUACCGGCAAUUGAGGUCGGACAGGUUACAACAAAUUCAUAUAUUUUCUGCCAUUUUGGAUUUGCUGAAGAAUGGUGUUGAGGUACGAGGUAUUAAUCAGAAAGAAGCUGAAGCUCAGUUAAAUUUGGCUUCUACGGGUUAUACUGAACAAACGGUAUCAAAUUUGACGCAGUCAUAUGUUGCUGCUAGCGAGUUCUUCUUGAAAUACCAGGCUACUUUAUCGAAGGUAAAAUCAAGUAUUGGAUGGUUAUAUGAAGCAAUCAAUUUGGUGAAUAAUGCUGGACAGCAACAUCUUUUCAUUGAUGCUAUUCGAACAGCGCUCGAGAAUAACGGGAUGCCGAACGUUCCGGCAUCAAAUUUAUUAGGCUUAAAUUUUUAUGUGGUAAGACGAUGGAAUGAACUGAUCGACUGUGCUAAGAAGGUGCUCUCGGAAACGAAAAAAAUUAUGAAAAAUAAUAUUAUGGAGGAGAAAUGGGUUGUCAUUCUGGAAACUGUCAUUGCAUGCCAUUUUUCACCGGCUAGUGGCAAGUUAUCGAAGAAUUGCUCGCUGUGCACAUGUAAUAGGCAAAUCAGUCAGUUGGAAUCCUUACUUUUCAUUAGAGGUUCAAAAACGUCUAAGGAUCAAGGUGUUGAUGAAACAGGUACAGCUGGAGAACAGAAAAUUUCAAGUCUCGAAAUAAUCAUUCGAACUUUUCUGGGAACACUUGUCCGAAUGCAAAAAGGGAUGCAAUGUGAUCUGGUUGCAUUAGGCAAAGAAGUAGUUGCUCAGUUGGAAGAGUUCAAGGCUUUAUUGGCUCUUUCAAAACGACUCUACGCUUCUGCCAAUGAAUACGCAGCUAAAAUUGAUGAGAUUCGCCAGUGUAAACUUCGCUUACAGUAUGCUUCAGUGGACGAUAUAACGAAAUAUGGCUCACGUUUACCGAUUAAUUUAAUUAUUCGAGGAACAGAAAACAACAAGCGUCAAACCGAUCUGAAUGCACUAGAAUUGGAAAAGCUAAAGCAAUCUCGUUGUUUAGCGAAAUUGCGUUAUUUGUCAAAUUUGCGUUCCCAACAAACACAUGAUUGUCCAAUAUGCUUAACAACCGUAAAGGAUGCGUGGAUUGUUUAUCCUUGUGCUCAUUACCUUUGUGUGCCAUGUUUUAAUCGGCUUACGAGACGAAAUAGUGCAAUUUUCAGGAAUGAUGCACUACUCGUAUGUGCUGUGUGCCGAGCUACAACCUACAUAAGUCAGAUUUCAUAUGUGCAAAGCAAAGCAUCAGAAAAAAAAACUCACUUGCUGGAUGUGCCAAAUGUGCAAUUAAAAAGAAGUGUUUCUGUUAAGGUUGAUGCUAUAAUACGACGUAUCAAAUCAAUUCGAUUACGAGAUCCAACAUCGAAAACGUUGCUGUUUACAUCCCUUUCAAUGCUUAUCAAUCCACUUUGUUGUGUGUUAUCCGAAAAUAAUAUCAAUUUUCGAAACUUCUUAGGGACAAAUCGACAAAAAAUCCUUGCUGAUUUUCGAUUGAAACCUGAAAUUGAACUGCUUGUUAUGCCGAUGAGUUCGGGUGCACGUGGUUUGAAUCUUACCGCUUCUAGUAAUAUAAUAUUUGUGGAACCACAGAUGGAUGUUUCUCAAAUUGCUCAAGCGAUAGGUCGAAUUGAUCGGAUUGGUCAAAAAAAGGAAAUGAUGGUACAUCACUUUGUAGUUUACGAUUCUAUCGAAGAACAAAUCUAUUACAAGUACUCUCAAAAUCAGGAUAAAGAUUGGACGGUACAAAACAUUGUGCAUCUUCUUGAUUUAAAAGAUAAUGGUGAAGACAUAAUGUAUGAAGAAUAA